AACUCACUCAACUUCCUCAGAGAAGCACACACACUCUCUCUCUACCCGAAUGGCUCCUACCUACACCAGCGACUCUGCCAACACCAUGCUCUCUGCUAAAGACAAACAUAAACUAAGGAAACCAGUGGAGAAGAUGUGUAGAGACCGCAUCAACACCUGCAUAGAGCAGCUCAAGACCCUGCUGGAGAGGGAGUUCCACAAACAGGACCCCAACACCAAGCUGGAGAAGGCUGACAUCCUGGAGAUGACAGUGGGGUUCCUGAAGCAGAAGCUGCAGCCUCAGAGCCCAGUCCCCCAGAGGGCCCACAGUGAGGGCUACUCCCAGUGCUGGAGGGAGACCCUGCACUUCCUGUCUUCCAGCUCCAUGAAGGACAUGAUGCUUCAGAACCUCCAGAGAGCUGGCCAGGACGUCUGCCCCUCCUCGCCACUCUCCUUCCAACAUCAACACCACAGCCAGGGCCCAGUGAAGCAGGCCACCAGUGGUCACAAAACAGUCUGGAGGCCCUGGUAGAGACAAACUAUUUAACAAACUGGAUGGGUGUUUACCGUCUUUCAUGCUGUAGGAAAUCUCUAUUUCCAAUUGUAAUAUCUACUUAGGUCCUUUAUGAAGGAUAGUGAACAUCAUAUGACAAGCGUUAUAGUUUGUUGUCUCCUGUAUGGAGCUGUCUGUAAAAAAGGCUUCUAUGAAUCUGCUUUGUGAGUAGACGUAGGGAAUACUUUUUCUGUCAUGUGGCAUAUGACUCCUAUGGAGUCGACUCAAGUAUUGAUUUGUGUGUGAUUCUGUGAUGAAUAUAGAAUCAAUAGCAUUCAAAAUGCUAAAUAUUUAUUGGAGAUUACUUCUCAUGUUUAAGUGUUCUUAAAGGGAAAUCAGAUUAUGUUACCUUUUGUAAAGGAACUGAUUGCACAUAAUGCAUAUUGAAACAUUUGUAUUUUACAUUUUUACAGUGGAUGUGCGUAGACUUUGUAUUUUGACAUUGUUGGUGUUUAACCUAAACUGGAUGCACAAGUGGAUAUCAAACCAAAAUAAACAAUGAUAUUGACAAUGCA